UAAUUGUACACACUGAGAAAAGAAGAAAGAGUGACGUAAAGGCUUUCUUCUUCUCCCCCACUUCCUUCCCCUUUUUUUAGUCAGGAAGACUCUUUUAAGAUUUGUUUUAUUUAACAUAAAGAAAUGCAUUUGAGUUCGGUGUAGAAGCUAAAUGAAGAGCCAAUUUCCCUCAAAGAGUUCGUAAAGUUUGAAUCGGAGAUGGCUUUUUCUCAGCCUCUGUCUUCUUCGUCUCUCACGAUGAUGAAUCGGAGCAUUGUAGCUAAUAGCUCGGUGACAGCAAGUCUCUCUCUCAACAAGUCUAGAGUGUGCGUUGAUUCUUUAAAGAUUCAAUUCCAGAAUCGCUGGAGCUUCAUCGGAGGAUCACGACUCGCUUUUCUCCCUAGUGUUUCGACGAAUUCAUCCUCCUUUGUUCACAAGAAACCCUCCUGCGUACGAGCUUCAUGGUUAGCUACUUCUCAGAUCGCAAGCAGUGUAUUUGCUGUCGGAACAACCACGGUUCUUCCUUUUUACACUCUGAUGGUUGUAGCUCCUAAAGCUGAAAUUACCAAGAAGUGUAUGGAGAGUAGCAUACCGUAUGUCGUCUUAGGCCUAUUAUACGCGUAUUUGUUAUACCUUUCUUGGACACCUGAUACGCUCAAAUACAUGUUUUCCAGUAAAUACUUGUUGCCAGAGUUGUCCGGAAUAGCGAAAAUGUUCUCAAGUGAAAUGACUCUUGCUUCUGCUUGGAUCCAUCUUCUUGUUAUCGAUCUUUUUGCUGCUAGACAAGUUUUUAACGAUGGCUUGGAGAAUAAGAUCGAGACUAGGCACUCGGUUUCACUUUGCCUUCUCUUCUGUCCGGUUGGAAUCGUUUCUCAUGUGGUUACCAAAGCUUUAACCAACAGUUCUACAUCCAAUACCAAUAACCAGUGCAAGUAAACUGAUCAUCUUGGUUGGUCUCUCACCAUUGUCUUUCUUAACUGCUUAUAAAUGUUUUUGGUUUGAGAUAGUUCAUUUUGCUUUAGCUUCGGUUAAGUCAGCAGAACGAGUUUGUUGUGGAUUUAGUUAUUGAAAAAACCAAAUAAGACCAAACAACUUGAGACAGUGUUUCUUUUACUAUUUGGUAGACAUAAUUUUGGAUUC